CGCCGCUUUUGCGCUCGCGAGCGACUUAAUUCAGGACGCGCAGACCUUGCGCAGUGGACGUUCGCACAUUUGCACCACACAUCUUCGCGACGCAGUCCGCUCUUCGCCCGCGGCUCUUUUGAGGCCGCGCCAAGCUGCUAAGGGCUGCCGAGAGGGGCCAGGCGCCGCGCGCCCGCCCGCGCGCCAUGGCGGCGAUCGAGCCGAACCAGACGGUCUACAUCAACAAUCUCAACGAGAAGAUCAAGAAGGACGCCCUCAAGAAGUCGAUCUACAGCGUCUUCAGCCAGUUCGGCAAGAUCCUGGACGUCGUCUGCUGCCGCGGCCUCAAGCUGCGCGGCCAGGCCUGGGUCGUCUUCGCGGACGUGGGCGCGGCCACGAACGCGCUGCGCCAGAUGCAGGGCUUUCCCUUUUACGACAAGCCGAUGCGGAUCGCGUUCGCGAAAUCGAAGUCGGACAUGAUCGCGAAACGCGACGGCACGUUCAAGCCGCGCGAGAAGCGGAAGCGCGAGGACCCGAAGCCGGCCGCGCCCGCGGCCGCCAAGGCGCUCCCCGCGCCCGGCGACGCGCCGCCGCCGAAGGUCCCGAAGCCGUCGAACGCGCCGCCGUCCAACGUAUUGUUCGCCUCGAAUCUACCGGAGGACUGCAGCGACAUGAUGCUGGGGAUCCUGUUCCAGCAGUACGCCGGCUUCAAGGAGGUCCGGAUGGUGCCGGGGAACAAGGGCAUCGCCUUCGUGGAGUUCGCGGACGAGACGCAGGCGUCGCUCGCGCGCCAGGGCCUCGACGGGUUCAAGCUGACGCCGACGGAUGCGCUAUCGCUCGUCUUCGCGAAGCGGUAGGAUAGUAAAGUAGGUCCUAU